AUGGAUCUGCCGGGCAUGUGGCAACACUUUUCCCUUAUGGCAAGCGAGUUGUCCGAAGACCUGUUUGAAGAAGGUUGCGGUUUUGACGGUUCCAGUAUCCGUGGUUUCCAGGCGAUCAACGAGAGCGAUAUGUUGCUCUUUCCGGACCCAACGACGGCUCUCAUUGACCCGGUCUGCAAGGUGCCAACGCUGAGCAUUACGUGUAACAUCAAAGACCCAAUCACGUUGGAGAGUUACACACGCGAUGUACGAUAUAUCGCACAGAAGGCAGAAGCCUAUCUACAGUCCACAGGCAUUGCAGAUACGAGCUUCUGGGGACCUGAAGCAGAAUUCUAUCUCCUGAACGAUAUCCGCUACGGGCAGAGCCCGAAUUCCGGUUUCUAUCAUGUUGAUUCCGUUGAAGGUAGUUGGAAUUCGGGGCGCGAAGAGAAUCCGAACCUCGGUUACAAACCGCGCUAUAAAGAGGGGUACUUCCCGGUACCGCCUUCAGAUACACUUCAAGACCUCCGUUCCGAGAUCUGUCUGAAGCUGAUAGAAGCAGGCAUUGAUGUGGAAGUUCACCACCACGAAGUGGGAACCGCAGGUCAAGGUGAGAUUGAUAUUCGUUAUGGUCCCCUCACGGACAUAGGCGAUAAGAUUGCCCUGUAUAAGUACAUCAUCAAAAAUAUGGCGCGUGAGAACAACUUGGUCGCCACCUUUAUGCCGAAACCGCUCUUCCAAGACAACGGUUCCGGGAUGCACGUCCACCAGAGUCUCUGGAAAGAUGGCAAGAACAUCUUCUACGACCCACAGGGAUAUUCGCUUCUCAGUGAGGACGCGCUCUAUUACAUCGGUGGCUUGCUCGCGCAUGCCCGCUCGCUCUGUGCAAUCAUCGCUCCGACAACCAACUCCUACAAACGGUUGGUCCCAGGAUAUGAAGCACCCGUGAACAUCGCCUACUCGCAACGGAACCGUAGUGCGUGUGUCCGUAUUCCUGUCUACUCGAAGAGUGAGAAGGCAAAACGGAUCGAAUUCCGGACACCGGAUCCAUCCUGUAAUCCUUAUCUCGCCUUCAGCGCACUGCUUAUGGCAGGGCUCGACGGUAUACAGAACCGCAUCCAUCCCGGUGACCCGCUCGACAAAGACCUUUAUGACCUCGAGCCGGAAGAACUCGCAGACAUUGAGUCCACACCAGUCUCCCUUGGAGAUGCCCUUGAUGCCUUAGAGGAAGACCACGAAUAUCUCCUCAAGGGCGAUGUGUUCACUCAAGAUGUUUUAGAUGUCUGGAUUGAUUACAAGCGUGAGAAUGAGGUCGAUGCAGUAAAUAUACGGCCCCAUCCCUAUGAAUUCUUCCUCUACCACGAUAUUUAG